AUGUGGCCAAGCCUGCUGAGCCUGGCCUUCGGCCUGGCCUACGUGUGCAGCCGGACCCCUUCCACGCAUGCGCAGAGGUUCCGAUCUCCGUGGUUACAUGACGUGGAGCAUCUGGAGGCCCAGGCCAGCUACCGGACGGCACACCUGCGUUGGCAGUACCGGCACCUCCCGCAACCACAAGCGUUCAGGGUGCAGACAUGCGAACUGCUGCCAUGGCUGCCCAAGACGGGACCCCGUUGUCGCGUCCGGCGGCUGAGCCUGCGAGAACCUCAGACAGUUUACGACACCGAUGGCACGCCGCGCAGCCUGGAUCUACUACGAAAGUCGUCCAAGUCUGGCUACGAAGCGCUCAUAGGAGAUCUUCGAUUGCUGACAAACUACAGCGUGGCCGUGGAGCCUGACUUCUCGAGUGACUCGGACGCAAAUGCCAUACUGUAUGGUUCGGGACAGAUUCCGGCUGACGCUGCCGGCGAAGGAAGACCGGCGCUUCCAGAUGUCUCUGCGCGGGCGGAGCGAUGCCUGGCGAACGCUUCCCGCGUGGUGGUCAGCACGGGUCCCUUCUUCGGCGGCAAGAUCGCCGUGGAAGACAGCAACGACGACGCCUGCCUAGUGUACGGCGACCCCAACUCGCCUCAAGACGCCUACACACUGGACAUCGACCACAAGCGCUGCGGAAGCCGACUGGUGAACGGGUCCAAGAUGGAGACGAACAUCAUCGUCCACGAAAACCGAGACAUAAUCACGCACAACACGCGCCGCUACUUGGUCGUCUGCAGUUUCCUGCCCGACACUUACACAAUCACGGCCUCGGUGAACCUUCCCCUGGUUCGUGGCAAGAAGAAGAGCAGCGUGGCGACGCACACCAAAGUGCCGGGCGGACUGCUGCUGGCGAACGCGCGGCUCGAGACGAGCACCGAGCAGAACGAGGUGUUCACCUACCAGCGUUACAAGGACAGCAACGUGCGCGACUCGCGCAUCGCAGCCGAGCAACGAAGCAGCACCACGCUCGACAGUGACGCCGACGGAACCCAUGUCACGGGCAGUAUGGCUCUGGCUCUCCUGCUGGCAACCACGGGACUCGUCGGAUGUUGCGCUGCGCUCGCCUGGUACGCGGCCACGGGCUUCACGCAGCGCCACAGAAAGGCAGACAGUCAUUCACCACCUUCCCAUGACAGCGACCCCACCACCGACGAGCCCAGCCCUCCCAGCACCACCGACACAACCUCAGUGGAUGCCAGUGAUCUGGAGAAAGAACAGAAAAUAGACGUCGACGGUCGAGACGAACAGCUUGAGGAGGGCGAGUCGUGUGUGGUCAACUUCAUUACCAUCGAAGGCAAACCAGUCGCGCUGCUACCGGACUCUACAGCGAGCGAAGUGUGACGACACGCGCGUUUCCGUGCACAGUUCAGCUACGUCACCAGCGCCUUUGCCCUCCGGAUGUCAUCGAAUGUCGCCCGCGCACGCACAAUGUGUAACGCGCGAGGAGGCGACUGAUACAUUUCCUCAUCAGCACAUGGCAGCAGUUCCGGUGUCGAGAAGCAUGACACCGGUUGCCUCACUUUAUCCCGCCACUAUUGAUUGUCCUUACCAUUUGACGAGAACUGACAAGUUAUCAUCGUGCCGUAAUACCAUGCGCCUGUUGUUGAUGCGCUAUAGAGAAUGCGUCAUUUUAUAGAUGCAGAAGAACACGACCAUACAUUUCAGUGGCCUUUAAGCUGAAGAGCUCAACGUUGCUGUAAUCGACGUUGUGGUAACUCCUGGUGCAAUAGUAGAAGCUUGCUAGCGCAACACAGUUUAUGAACUCACCAGCGUUUAUUCGAAAUUGUAGUGAUCAAGGAGUAAACUCUACAGGUUCAUCGAACGUAGAACUCGCCUUGCUAAUGUGGAAUGUGUGCGUAAGGAGUAGGCAACUUUGUGCUAGUGUUUGUUUGUGCAGAUGUGCUUGGUGUCAGCUUUACUCACAGUUGAAAAAGUUGAGAAGUGUGCUCAUGAACCUUGUUUGAUGAUGAGGAGCUUUGAAGUAUUUUCUUCAACUGUGGUAUAACCGGCACCGUUAUAUGGGCUUGCACUUUUGCUCAUGACACAUUACUUUUAAACGUGCCCGCUACUACUAGCACAUGUCGAAUAGAUGUCGACGAUGAAUUGGCCGCAGUACUUUUUCCGCUAGGUAAUAAUUCAUAUCUGCUAAUUUCUAUACUGUGACUGCUUUCGGAGAAUGCGUUCAACAGUACACAAUAGGUAAUUUGCUUCGUUUGCCUCACAACUAAGUGACACAUCACCACAUCCAAUAAUACUUAUGGCGUCAUCCAUUGGCGGUUUCGGAGUGACCCACGAAAUCCACGCCGCAGCACUCCACUCUGACGGAGAGCAACAGAAGGGAAUCUACCAAUGGAACACACGCGCUACCCCUGGAGCAAAUGGCAGGGUCAAAGUGUAACGCGAUGCGUGCGUCUCUCUUCUUGCUUGAGUGGGUACAGCGACGCCACGCUAGCGAAACAAGAGCUCUGACGCGAGGCGCAACUGACGCGACUGGCGUCCGUUGGUGCGCCCCAAGUUGGCUCCGUUUGAAGAGGUUUCAAGGCACGGGGCGAUUGCGACUUCCGGUCGAAUCCGCCAAUUUUUUCGGAGUAGAAAAAGUUGCUCCGUGGAGUGAAUCACGCGAUGGAGAUGCUCCAGAUCUGUCAAUAAAACAUACAGGGAGCACUCUGAACCUGCCAAUGGAAGAGACUUGCUCCGCAUGGAGCAGCAGAAAGUGUUACUGGAAGUGCUCCGAAUCUGCCAAUGGAUGACACCACCAGCUAUAAAACCUUUCGCUAUUUACAAACACAGGCCCUUGAUGGCAUCCGAUUUAGUCCACCGAUGUGCCUUAACAGCAUGGGUGGGCAAGAAGAGCUUUAGAAAAUAGCCCGCUCAUUUUCUACUUUCCUUCCCUUAUUUGGCAAAAUAUAUUCGAAUAAUUGUUCUUUUCAGCUACAUAAAAACGGUAAGAAAUUCCUUUGAAA